AUGCGGCAUAAUGACCCGCUCCUAAUCGAUAUUGGAAUUGGCGAAUGCCAGGUCACAAAGGUUCUCGUUGACACGGGCAGCUCAAUCGACCUUAUCUUUCGGGACACGCUCGACAAGAUGGGAGUCGACCUGCGCGACAUGAAGCCCUCCUCACGCACUCUCACGGGAUUCAAUGGCUCCUCAGAACAGAUGAUUGGGACAAUUCGUCUCCCAGUUUACGCAGGUGAUGUGACCCGCACUGUUAAGUUCUCUGUUAUCCGAGCUAAGGCGCCCUACAACGCAAUCCUCGAUGGAACGACGCAGACGACCCGCGGGGAUCAACGGGCUGCGAGAGAGCUGCUUAUCACCGCGGUCAAGCUACAACAACCACCUUCUCUCGUCAACGCGGUCACCAAACCAAUACAUAAGAUCUACCCUCAGAAGGAAGAAAUCCGCGAGGUUCCCAUUGAUGAAGCUGACCCAUCGAAGGUCGUGCGCAUUGGCGCUUAUCUCUCUGACGAAAUGCAGUCACUAAUCAUUUCUUUCCUCAAAGAGAAUGCCUCAACCUUUGCAUGGGUAACUUCUGAUAUGAAAGGAAUCGACCCUGCAAUAGCAUCUCACGAAUUAAAAGUUGAUCCGACGUUCAAGCCUAUUCGACAGAAGAGGCGGAAGCUCGGACCCGAAUGGUCCAAAGCAGUAAAUGAGGAAGUUGACAGGUUGCUCGACGCAGGUUUCAUCGCUGAGGUACGGUACCCAGAGUGGCUAGCAAACCCUGUCGUCGUAAAAAAGAAAAACGGGAAGUGGUGCACUUGUGUUGACUUCACGGAUUUGAACAAAGCCUGUCCAAAAGACAGCCACCCUCUCCCGCAUAUCGACCGUCUGGUAGAGUCGACUGCCGGCAAUGAGCUCCUAACCUUUAUGGAUGCUUUUUCAGGGUACAAUCAAAUCAUGAUGCACACAGACGACCGCAAGAAAAUGGCGUUCAUAACGGACAGAGGGACGUAUUGCUACAAGGUCGUGCCUUUCGGCCUAAAGAACGCAUGA